GAUAAAUGAAGUAAAUAUUGAUAAUAUUCUAAGAUAAAGGAAAACUUAUUGAAAUAAUCAAAAUCUUGUAACUUGAUGAUUGUAUGUAAAGAAAUUUGAUGCAGACUUGUCGAAGAAAGUUCUCGGUGUUUCAAUGUUGCCAUGGCUAUCACGCUGCAUUCCUGUAGUGGUGUUCUGUCAUUUGGUGACAGAUUGCAAGCGCUCCAGGUGACGAAACAAAAGGUCAGAACCUGUGGUCAAAGCCAAACCCUUUCGAAAGAGCGAUUAAGGAACAAGGUAACAGGAACAAGUUGUGUAUAAAUAUUCCCGACAGUGGGAGACUGCAUUUUGUUCCUGGUCUGGACUGGAGGUGAGCCAAGAAUGCUGAAGAUGGCAGUCACCCAAUUUGUCAUUGGUCUCGUCUUUCUGCAAGGGAUGACCGCUUUGCAAAGCCUUAAAUAUAACUGUUUUACAAAGACUUUGUGUCAUGGCUCCAACGCGGGAUGGGUCUAUGACUAUUCGAAGAAGGCAUGCACGGCCCGGGAUGGAGGAUGCUCUUAUGUUGGAAAUUUCUUUCGAACGAAACAUGACUGUGAAUUUCACUGCUCAGAUAAAAUGUGUCAUUUCAUGAGAUGUGGUUCCUGGUCAGCCCCAGUUUGCGCCAGCAAUGGCAACACAUAUCACAAUUUCUGCUACUUUUUGAAAGCACGGUGCAUCACCAAAGAAAAUUUCAAAGUCCUACACAAAGGACAUUGUAAGCCAGAAUUCAUUUGCUCGCUGCCCAAAUAUAGUGGACCAUGUCCCGACAGUUCAAAGAGGUAUUACUACAAUAAGGACAAGAAAAGAUGUUUUGCUUUCGCAUACGGAGGAUGCAAUAACAACGGCAACAAUUUCCAUUCCUACUCGAAAUGCAAGGAGUUUUGUCAAAAAUAUGCACAAUUAGAUGAUCUGGAAAGGAUGGACAAGAAUGUAGACGACACGUAUGAUGGUUCUGAUAAUGACAGACGAGAAGAUUUCGAAGACAAAGAUCCAAUCGAUAGAAAGGACGAAAUGAGAGAAGAGAUGCAGGAAUUUGAAGAACCAGAAGAGGAUGGCCGUGAAAGCGAAGACAGCCGAGACGAAGAAACGAGGGAUGAAGAAGGAGGAAGGGAUGAAGAAGGAGGAAGGGAUGAAGGGGGAGAAAGGAACGAACAGCCAGAUGGUGAUGAGGAUGACGAUGAUGCAAGCGAAAACGAAAUUUCUGAAGAAGAUCGACAUCUGAUCCGACAAGAUAAUGGCAUCAAAUCAAUUGAGAAGGAGACUGAGAACGAAGACCGAAAUAGUGUGCUUGAAACUCAGAAAGCCGCCCCAAAGGCCACGUAUGCUUCAUGUGAGAAAGGGAUGUGUGAACUGAACAUCAGCCCCAUUGGCUGUUUCCAUGACAACCUAAGGUUGCCAAGGCCAUUGCCUGACCUGCUCGAUUCGCACAGGGAUACAACAAGUGCAGCUCAUCAUGGUGAAUCUAUAAAAUGGAAAAACGGGGAAUCGUCCAUUAGAAAGCUAGCAUGCGAUUGCGUCAAGAUAGCCCGAAAGAGGAAUUAUACUUACAUUGGUCUCCAGCACUAUGGCGAAUGCUGGGGCGGGAAGAACCUAACAUCAAACUACGCACGAGAUGGUCCAUCUAAAAACUGCGUCAACGGAAAAUACACUGCUUGUAAAAAAGGACAGUUUUGCACAGGGAAAGAGAAGGCCAAUUACGUUUACAGAAUUGACCCACUGCCUGAGGAUUGCUUUUAUGAAAAGGUCGGGUGCUAUUACGAUCCGGUCACUACACAUCCAAGACCGCUUCCGGAGCUGCUUGAUUCCCAUCGUGACAAAUUCAGCAAUGUUUAUCACGGACUGGAAGUUCAAUGGGGAAAUUACACACAUUCACUAAGAGUAUUGAUUGAUCAUUGCGCACAACGCACAAGGGAUAAAGGGUACACCCAUUUCGGUAUUGAGCAUUACGGCGAAUGCUGGAGCGGACCGCAUGCCGCAAAGACUUACGCGAAGUAUGGUAAUUCGACGAACUGCGUCACUCCUGACUUUGAGAAAUGUAACUCAAAUUGUCAGUGUACCGGAAAAGAGCACGCACUUUUUGUUUACAAGCUUAAGUAGCAACACUUUUGAUUGUAUCUUUAUGGAUUGUUGCAUUUAACACUUAGAUUUUUACACUUUUUCAUGUAGCUUUGUGAUUUUCAUAUGACGAUGGUGUUAGCCUA